CAUCAUAAUAAUGGUCAGUUUUGGGAGCAGACUAUGGUGUGGGGUGGAGAAGUGGUGCCGCCACCUGCCCAUCAUGCUCAAUACAGCUCUGGUAUUCUCCAUCACUGCUGAAGUGAGCUAUCUGGUGUUGGUGGAGGCCCCCCUCGAACCAGAUCAAAAGAAAUCACAGUGGUCAGUUUAUUGGAAGACCAUGCACCUGUUGGCGCAGUGCUUCAUGCUGGGAAGCAUCACCUGGAACGCCUCGCUGUUUGUUAAAACCAGCCCGAGUAUCCGAGGAGUCUUCCUCAGUGGGGAUAGUGUCGGGCAGGGGUGGAGAUAUUGUUACACCUGUGAGGCGCACACACCUCCACGCUGCUCGCAUUGCUACGACUGCAACGUGUGCGUGCUGCGCCGUGACCACCACUGCGUUUUCUUCGGCCAGUGCGUGGGCUUCCGCAAUUACCGCUACUUCCUGAGCUGUUUGCUGUUCAUGUGGGCCGGUCUGUUCUAUGCUGUUGUGAUGAAUGCUGGGGUGUUUAUCGUCAUUCUAAAGGAAGGAGUCACCUUGCACAGUUUGAUGCUGCUUUUAGUUCCCUGGAUUAUGCUGGUCACAGGUCAGGUGACGGCGCAGGCUUUCGCCUUUGCGUUCAUCGCCGACACCUGCGUGGUGGGAUUCCUACUGGUCUCUGCCUUCCUAUUUUUUCACGUGGGACUGAUGCUGAGAGGGCAGACGACGAGGGAAUGGUACUCGACCCGAAGGCCCUACAGCCUCGGAGUGUUUUCCAACAUCCGUGAGUGCCUGGGUAAGCACUGGUACAUCUGCUGGCUCUGUCCUCUCAUUCCAUCUGCUCUGCCCGGAGAUGGCAUCAACUUUAGGAUCACUGGCUCCCUAAACCCUGCAAAGUGAAAAUGCUUCGAAUUGAAGAGUACACUGAAGUAUUCUUGUUUUUAAUUUGAUGCAAAAACUGUGAAUGCAACACAUGAUGGGUUUCACUCUGCAUGGUCGAAUUGGCUGGAUAUAUGAAUGUAGAACUAUAAUUGAUGUGAAGUCUUGGGUGUUAUUGCAGGUGUGAGCCUGAUUAUUUUUGCAGCACUGAGUGUGUAGCACGAGCACUGAACUAUGUACUUGUUUACCAGCUAUUAAGGGACAUUUACCAGCUAUUUUAGCAUCUUGAGUACCAGCAAGAAUUUAUUUUGCCUAAAUUCUGUAUGAAGAAAAU